AUGGCACUCCAGGCCAUCUGGGCCGCAUCUCCAACCACAACCCGUGGAUCCCCUACUCCGCUCUCCAGUGAUGCCAAAGGCGAACGAAUCGCAUACGCCUCCAACAAGUCCAUCUUCGUCCGCUCAAUCGACGAUCCCGCCGUGUCAAAACAAUACACCCAACACACCGCCCAAACGACCGUCGCCCGCUUCUCCCCUUCGGGUUUCUACGUAGCAUCCGGCGAUGUCUCCGGCAGCGUACGAGUCUGGGACGCCAUGGGCGCGGAGAACACGAAAGGAGAAUAUCACAUCAUCGCCGGACGAAUCAAUGACAUCGCAUGGGACGGAGACAGUCAGCGUAUCAUUGCAGUAGGAGACGGUAAGGAACGAUUCGGACACUGCAUUACGGCGGACUCGGGCAAUAGCGUGGGAGAGAUCAGUGGACACAGCCAGCAGAUCAACUCGGUCAGCAUUCGGCAGCAACGGCCACUGCGAGCGGCGACGGGGAGUGAUGAUACGAGUAUGUGUUUCUUCCAUGGAGCGCCGUUCAAAUUCAACACGAGUGUGCGAGGCAAGCAUGACAAGUAUGUGUAUGGGACGCAAUUUUCGCCGGAUGGAGCACAUCUCGUGACGGUGGGAAGUGAUCGGAGGAUAUGGCUGUAUGAUGGGAAGACUGGAGAGGCGGUGAAGCAGAUUGGAGAAGGCGAGCACAAGGGGAGCAUCUUUGGUGUCAGCUGGGCGAACGAUAGUAAGAGAUUGGUGACUUGCAGUGGAGAUCAGACGGUCAAGAUCUGGGAUGCGGAAGUCGGCAAGUGCACCCAGAGUUGGAGGAUGGGCGAGGAGGGUGUUGUGGGCGUGCAGAACCAGCAGGUCGGCGUGACAUGGCCGAGUGGACGAAGUGAUGGACUGGUCAUAUCGGUCGAUCUGCAAGGCAACCUCAACUACUUCCAAGAAGGCAGUGCGAAGCCCGUCAAGGUCAUUCGAGGACAUCAAAAAGCCAUCAAUGCGGUGGCAUCUGCACCCAACAGCAAAACUCUCUGGACUGGCAGCGCCGACGGCCGCUCACGAAACUGGGACCUCAGCACCGGCGCAGCAGACCUCAUUGACGGCGAGUCGCACUCCAACUUCGUCUCCGGCAUCGCCGCAGAACCCAGCGGCGAACGCAUCUACAGCAUCGGCUGGGACGACACCCUCCGCACAAUCGACGCCUCACAACACUCCUACACAGGCACAGCUCUCAAAACCUCCGGUCAACCCAAAAGCAUCGCCGUAGCCACCAUCAACAACACCCCUCACACCCUCGUCGCCACCGCAGACGGCAUAACCCUGUACGCCAACGGCGCCGAAGUCUCCCAGCACAAAACCCCCUCUCCACCAACCUGCAUCGCCGCCUCCAACGCCCUCAUCGCCACUGGAUCCGACGACAAAACCGUCCACAUCCUCGACGCCUCCACUCCUACCUCCCUCAAAGAACUCACCAUCCUCAAAGACCCCACCUCCGCCAUCUCCGCCCUCGCCUUCUCCCCGUCCGGCACGCACCUCGCAGUCGGCCUCUCCAACGGCAAAAUUUUCGUCUACAACAACACCUCCACCUCCGGAACCUGGACUCUCGAAACGAAUCGCUGGUCCGCUCAUACCGCGCGAGUGACGUCCAUCGCCUGGUCGCCAGAUAGCAAAAAAGCCGUGAGUGGAGCCUUGGAUACGAAUGUUUUUGUGUGGAGUUUGGCGGAUCCGGGGAAGAGGAUCAAAGCGUUGAAUGCGCAUCAGGGAGGCGUGGGUGGGGUUGUGUGGACGGAAGAAGGGAGGGUGAUUAGUUCAGGGGCGGAUGCGGCGGUGAAGGUCUGGAAGGUGGAGGGGUUGUGA